GUCCUGAGAAAAGUCGCGGGACCUUCUGCAACGGUUGCUGGUGAAGAUGUGCUGCUAUUUCCAAGGAAGAAGCCUGUUCAAAUUUCCAUCUGCAUACAAACAACUUAUUUAAUAGUUACGCUGGUUUCAAGGAUUCAUUGGCAUCAUGUACCAAAAAGUAUCAAUUUUCAUCUAAUUUGUUGAAUCAAAUUGCAGUCAAAUACAAGUCUUUCUAAACCAAAAUAAGAGCGUGUGCUAAGACAUGGGGGACUCCAACAUCAGCCACAUGGUAGCUUAUACAGAGGCGCAGGAGAGUCUCCCAGCAGGCAAGUUGGAUCAUUACAUGGACAGCUAUGAUAUGGACUAUGGUAUCCCUCCUGAUGAGAUUCCAGACACGACGCAGGGUCAGGCCUUCUUUGUGGCCACCAUUGUUAUCGGCAUGGUGCUUGUCUGCAUCAUGCUUGUCUGUGGGUUUGGAAACUUCAUAUUCAUUGCCACACUGAUGCGCUACAAAAAGCUCCGCAACCUCACAAACCUGCUCAUCGCCAACCUGGCCAUCUCAGACUUUGUUGUGGCAGUGGUGUGCUGCCCGUUCCUGGUGGACUACUAUGUGGUGAAACAGCUUUCCUGGUCUCACGGAUUAGUGAUGUGUGCCUCCGUCAACUAUCUCCGCACAGUCUCACUCUAUGUGUCCACAAACGCAUUGCUUGCCAUUGCAGUUGACAGGUACAUGGCUAUUGUCCAUCCUCUGAGGCCUCGCAUGAAGUACCAAACCGCCUACGGCCUGAUUACAGGAGUCUGGAUCGUUCCCAUUCUGAUAUCAAUUCCCUCUGCCUACUUUGCAUCUGAGAUCAUGUACCCUCAUGGUGGCACCAGCAGCCCAACCACACACAAAGUCUUCUGUGCCCAGAUCUGGCCUGUUGACCAGCAGGCCUACUACCGGUCAUACUUCCUGUUCGUCUUUGCUGUGGAGUUUGUUGGGCCUGUGAUCGUCAUGGCAAUGUGUUACACCCAAAUUUCCCGCGAGCUCUGGUUCAAGAAUGUGCCCGGUUUCCAGACUGAGCAGAUUAGGAAGAGGUUGCGUUGUCGCCGCAAGACAGUGAUGGUCCUGAUCGGGAUCUUGACGGCGUACAUCCUGUGCUGGGCGCCGUACUAUGGCUUCACCAUCCUACGGGAUUUCCACCCAACGCUCAUCUCCCGCCAGAAGAACUCCCUGGUGGCCUUCUACAUCAUUGAGUGCAUUGCCAUGAGCAACAGUAUAAUCAACACUUUAUGUUUUGUCACUGUCAAGAACAACACAGUUAAGUACCUGAAGAAGAUUGUACUGAUGCGCUGGAGGUCAACGUAUGCCCCCAGUAAGAAUGUGGAUGAGAUGGAUAUUAGGACCUCCUCCAUGCCCGUAACAGAGGAGAUUGAAUGCAUUCACUUGAGGUGAAGAGAGGGAAGUCUUUAACAUAGCAGUCAUUUAGAUGUGGGCUGCAUACAGAAACUACAAUGUUGACAGGGAUGAUUUUGACAUGGAACAUUUCUCUCGUGUUCAGAUCACAUUUUAGAAUGGUCAAAGUUACAGUAUAGUACACUGAUUAAUGGGGCAACAUGGCUCAAACUUUGUUAGCCAGCAGAUCAUACAGGACUUCCAUUUGAGGUAUUAUGGGAAUGUAAUUGUUGUGCUCAGUGUUACUACACUGUGUUAUUUUUAAAUGUUGUAGCAUGUGUACAAUAGAUAUUACAUGUAAGACUUGUAAAUACAGAUACUACUGCCCUUACCAACACGUUGUCAUCCCAACUCGUCACAUACUGACACUUUGUCGGACCCCUUGGCGCUACUUUUUAUUUAAAUUUAAUUAUUUAAAUUUAAUUUUAGGGUAACAGCGUACAGUCACAGAAAACAAGAAACAACAACGAAAACCACUUAGUAAGGUUUGGGAAAAACAUAACUGAGCUUAAAAUAAGUAUGUAAACGAAGUACAAUUUAAAUACGUAACAUAAAUACAUAAAACACAUCACAAAUUUAUCUCAAAAAUAACUCAACACUGAUCUCAAACACCGGUCUGUGUAUGUUUGACCCACUCACCCCCUAUCAGACUGCAUACUUCGUCAUCACACAUCCAGAGCAUUUUCUCUGAGCGUCUAAAAAGGAUGCAGAUGGGUUGACAUUGUAGUUACUUGAAAGACUGAAGCGUUAAUAC